CAUUUAUUAUAUUCUCAAAUUCGAUAUACGUAUGUACUGUAACAUUCAUCAUAAAGUUGGGAGCUAAGUUUGCCAAAUAAGAUUCCAAAGCAUGAGAAUUUGUCACGUAGGCUUAGCUUGUUUCUCUAAAACCUGGUUAACAACGCAUGCAAUUUGUAGACUUCAUCAAUAAAAUCGCAACAUUCUUGUUCAAGAGCUUUCUACAAUCUCCUUUUCUCCACCAAAAUAAUUCUUCACCACUUCUGCAAUUCAGCUUUUGUGCUCCCAUAAAAGAAAACCCACAUACAAAGAGUGAUUUUUUGUUGAGCCUGGCAUUUAAAGUUACUUCCUGGAAGUAGAUUUUUCCUCUUCCAUCGACAGCUUUACCGGAAGUUCUUCACCUAGAUUGCUGUUUAAGCAUUGAACUGCGAUAUAUAGUGUAAACUCUGUGCUUUCAAGGUCUAAUGGUGGCCCGGAAUAAAUACGUGCCCCCGGCUUAUAUCCCUCUGGGACAAUCAGAUGUGGAGACAGAUUCUGUACCCCCUGCAUCAGAUGUUGUACCUUCUACACUAGGCAUUGAAAGAGACCCCGGCCAGUGGUCAUCCGGAAUCUGUGCUUGUUUUGAUGAUAUGCAGAGCUGUUGUGUUGGGCUGUUCUGCCCAUGCUAUCUUUUCGCGAAAAACGCACAAGUUUUGGGCUCCGGGACUCUAACGGGAUCAUGCAUGAUGCAUUUUAUUUUGUGGGCUAUUGUCAAUACAUUUUGCUGCAUGUUGACUGAAGGCCUUAUGUUGGGCUUACCCGGGUGCUUCGUUGCAUGCUAUGCUUGUAGCUACCGAACAACAUUAAGGUCAAACUACAAUCUCGAGGAAGCGCCGUGUGGUGAUUUCAUUACACAUUUUUUCUGCCAUUUAUGCGCUUUAUGUCAAGAAUACAGAGAAAUACGCGAAAGGUCUGGAGACUCGAAUUCGCUCGGUUUGAAUUCUGCGCAAGUGACUGCCCCUAAUGUGCAGACUAUGGAAUCGGCUUCUUCAGAUUCACCUCUCUAGCAACAGGAUAAAUAUUUUUACUUUUAUUUUUUUUUACGUUUCUUACUGCAUUGUUUUUUUAACCGUAAUAUACGAGUUCUUUGGUAGGCUAAGGCUCUAUUGUACAAUCUGAAUGCUUGUGUUUGUUAAAGUUAAUCUGUAGAUAAUAAAGAUCAUCUUUGCUCUGGAAAUGUUUUCUUUCCCAACACAAAUAUCAGGGUACUAGUACAAGUUCAAGAACUGGGCAAAUAAUUUUAAUUAUUUCUGGAAAGUUCCUCAUGUAAUUGAUUACUACUGUUGAAAUUAUAGUAUA